AUUGAGUGCAUUUAUUGCGGAGCGUCGGUAAGUCACAAGCGGACUCACGCACGGCACACCGUGCUCAAAGUGUACAGCGGAGUACACGGCUGGAGCUCCCACGAAACAAAGAGCAAGGCUGUGGAAAUCAGUGGAACAGCGUGUUCGUGCAGUUUAAAUUUGUAAUGUGAAAAGCUGUGUAUCUCCCCGAGUGGAAAAUGUGGUUGAAACCGGAGGAAGUUCUGCUGAAAAACGCUUUGAAGCUUUGGGUGACCGAGAAAUCCAGCUCGUAUUUUGUUUUGCAGCGCAGAAGGGGACAUGGAGAUUGUGGGGGAAAAAUAACAGGCCUCUUGGUUGGUGCUCUAGAUGCUGUGUUGGACUCCAAUGCCCGAGUUGCCCCUUUCCGAAUCCUGCUGCAGGUACCAGGGUCUCAGGUGUACUGGGCCAUCGCCAGUGGUGCCGUGGUAGAGGAGAUAAACCAACACUGGGAUUGGCUCGCGCAGAACCUGCUCCACACCCUGCCAGUCUUCGACAACAAAGAGGACAUCACCAGCUUUGUCAGUGGUAAAAUCAAGGGACUGAUCGCAGAGGAGUCGAGGAGCAAGCUGGCUGAGCAGGAAGAGGAUCCCGAGAAGUUCCGAGAUGCCUUGGUGAAAUUCGAGACACGCUUCAGUCUCCCCAGCUCGGAGAAGCUGGUCACCUACUACUCCUGCUGCUGCUGGAAGGGGCGGGUCCCCAGGCAGGGCUGGCUGUAUCUCAGCAUCAAUCACCUCUCCUUCUACUCAUUUCUACUCGGCAAGGAAGUGAAACUCGUAAUCCCCUGGGCUGAUGUCACAAAGCUAGAAAGGAGCUCCACCAGUUUCAUCACGGACACCAUCCGCGUAACAACACGAAGCAAAGAGCGCGACUUCUCCAUGUUCCUCAGCAUCGACGAGGCCUUCCGGAUCAUGGAACAGCUGGCAGACAUCACAAUCCGAAGGCUGCUGGACAACGAGGUGUUUGAGCUAGACCAGUCUCUGCAGGAGCCAGCACACAUAACAAAGAGGGUCCUGGAGGAGAGGGCCCAAAAGGAGUAUUUCCGUGCCCUGUUCCGGCUGCCACGGCAGGAGAGACUGCAGGAGGUGGUGAACUGCUCCCUCUGGACGCCCUUCAGCCGCUGUCACACUGCAGGAACAGUGUAUACCUCCGACAGCUAUGUCUGCUUCAUCAGCAAAGAAGAGGGGUGCUGCACCCUGGUCAUUCCGCUCAGGGAGGUGAUCUCAAUAGAGAAGAUGGAGAACACCAGCCUUUUGCCCAACCCGGUUAUCGUCAGCAUACGGAGCAAGAAGGCAUUUCAGUUCAUUGAGAUCAAAAACAGAGACAGCCUGGUGGAGAAUAUGAGAAAGCGCCUGGAGAGUGUGCAACAUAAACAACAGACAUGCCACAAAAAGACAAGGAGCAAGGAGCUGAUCUCUCCUCUGCCGUAUUACUCAUUAUACUACGAUGACAUGUGUACAGAUAGCGAGGCCAUCGAGCCAGCUGGAAAACAGAACAGACAUUCGCUGAAUGAAGAAGCUUUAAUGUCUACUUUUCAUCACACUGAACCGGAAACUUCGGACUCCAGAGUUACAAUGGAGCAGGUUAAAGAGAGUCUGUGGCAGGAUCAUUUUUCGGAGUAUGGCCGAAGGAGCUGCAUGUUCCGAACGGAGAAGAUCAGAAAACUGGUUGCCAUGGGGAUCCCAGAGUCUCUGAGAGGGGAGCUGUGGCUGACUUUUUCAGAUGCUAUCACUGACCUUGCCUCCCAUCCUGACUAUUAUGCUAAUCUUGUGGAGGAAUCCAUGGGCAAGUGUUGCAUGGCAACUGAGGAGAUUGAGCGUGACCUGCACCGAUCUCUGCCAGAGCACCCGGCGUUCCAGAAUGAGACCGGGAUAGCAGCCUUACGCAGAGUCUUGACAGCAUACGCUUACAGGAACCCUAAAAUCGGAUACUGUCAGUCCAUGAAUAUCUUGGCCUCUGUGCUGCUGCUGUAUGCCAAAGAAGAGGAAGCCUUCUGGCUGCUGGUCGCAGUGUGUGAGAAGAUGCUGCCAGAUUACUUCACUCGGCGAGUCAUUGGAGCCCAGGUAGACCAGUCUGUGUUUGAGGAGCUGAUUAAGGAACGCCUCCCUGAGCUGUCAGAGCACCUGACAGACCUGUCCGCCCUCUCCUCCAUCUCGCUCUCCUGGUUCCUCACCCUUUUCCUCAGCAUCAUGCCCUUCGAGAGUGCCAUCCGUGUGGUAGACUGCUUUUUCUUUGAAGGCAUCAAAGCCAUUUUCCAGCUGGGCUUGGCCGUGAUAGAUGCUAAUGCAGUGGAUCUUUGCAACAGCAAGGACGACGGGCAAGCUGUGAUGAUACUAACCAGAUUUCUAGACCAUGUCAAAAACCAGGAAAGUCCCUUGCUCCCCAUUACCAAUCAGCACUCCUGUUUUGAAGAUGACAAGGAAUCGUUCCAGGAUACAGAAAUAGCUGACCUCAUCAGGGACUCUUAUGAGAAAUUUGGAGACAUGACAGUGGAGCAGAUUGAACGUUUGCGAUGCAGACACAGAAUCCAGGUGCUGCAAACUCAUGAAGACACUGCCAAGGAAAACACACUGAGAGUUGUGGCGCCAGACAUUCUGCUGACACUAGAAGAAUUAGGAGAAGUUUAUGACUUGUUCAAGAGAGAGCACUUUAUAAACUGCUACUGGGGUGAGAAUGUGCCGGUGCUGCAGUACCACGAGCCCAGUCUGCAGUAUGUGGACCAGUACAGGAUAGACCGGCCACAGUUCAAGAACCUGUACAACCUGCUGUCACCGUGGAUGUGUGGGGUCCACACGGACACUGUGGCACACAGGGCUUUCCGCCUGCUUGAUGAGAACAUGGACUCACUCAUCAACUUCAAAGAGUUUGCAGUUUGCCUGGAUACAAUGUACUGUGAAGAGCUGAACGAAAAAAUCAGACUGCUGUACAGGCUGCAUAUCCCCCCUGCUCUUAACGAAAAUGAUGGAGAGGAACAGUCACCCCUAAAGACACCCUUGUUGUCUACUACGAGGCCUUUGUGUGUAGCAUCCUCCAAUGGUGAGGCCAAUGAUUACCAAGAGCAGUUGAGACAAAUGCUGAAGGAUCUAGCCAAAGACAAAGAGAAGAACAGUGAGAAAGAAUUGCCCACGAUGAACCAGAGAGAAUUCAUCCAGUUCUGUAAAACGCUGUACAGCAUGUUUCACGAGGACCCAAAUGAAAAUGAACUGUGCCAAGCUAUCGCCACGGUGACCACGCUGCUGCUUCAGAUUGGGGAAGUGGGGCAGAGAAUCCGCAGCCUAGGAAGCACGUCCGAGGAGUCCUCUGGCAACGACGAUGGCGGAGAUGCAGCUGUUUGCUCCAGAGUGCCAGAGGAGGACUCUGUGUUCAUGGACACCAGAGACACCACUAGGAAAAACUCCCAAGCAUCGACAAUCUCUGAAGGAGAAUGGACUGUGACAUUCGAGCAGAUCUUGGCUUCUCUUCUCACAGAGCAGUCGUUGGUUAACUUCUUUGAGAAACCAGUGGACUUGAAGACCAAAAUCAAAAGUGCAAAACUAAACCAGUAUGAUCAGAGAAUAACCCCAUUGUUGAUUCAGUAGUCUAGAGGUGGGCUACUUGAGCAUGUGUGUGAUUUUUUUUUUCUUCAAUGUCUGCACAGUUAUGAAGGCCACAGGGACACUCUGUGUUCUCAGCAAUAUUACCUGUAUGUGCCAUUCAUUUAAAUUUUUCCUUUUAUUUUAAAAAUGUAUAUAAGACCCUGGAAUUAUGCAAUUUUCAUAUUGCCUGACAAUGGGAGUGUUGUAAAAGCUGUGUUUUUUUUUUUUUUUUUUUUUGCAGUGGUUUUACAGAAUUCUAAUGUGAUUUUUAUUUCCGUCCUCCAAGCACUUUCCAAUAAACUUGUUUCAAUGCUGGUAAUUGAAACGUGAUAAAAAUGAUAUUAAUGUUCACUAAUAUGAAGUCUGUCAACCUUAAUAGUUGUAAAAUGUCAAGUGUACAUUAACUGUGAUUUUUGACAUUGUUCUGUGGAGUUUGAUGUGCUGUUUCAAUUAAAAAAAAAAAAAAAAAAAAAAAAAAAUCACUUUUUACUAAUGGUACUGAAUUAUUUAUUUUUAUCUGGGUUAUGCAAACAAUUAAACAUGUCUGUUGGAAUAUUUCCCCUGCCUUUUUAAAGCCUUUGAAAACUUAGCAGGGCUGGCGCAAUUAUUAUUUAAUAGUAAAUGGAGAAAUCUACAAAAAAGCAAGAGAAUCAAGUCUUUCUCAUAAGUCUGUUUGGGAGCGUCAAAUAAAAAAAACAAAAAGCUUGUCAUUACAGAUGCCAGUAUGAUGCAUUAAAUGAUGUAAUCAUAGCUCAAGACUUGACAAGCUUCUCAUAUUGCAGAUUGUUUAGGUAUUAAAUCAACCUUGAAAUCAGGUUAGAACUGUGCGCUUAAUUAUGUUGUUAUAAAGUGGCAUGUCACUUUCACUUCUAAAGUAUGGCAUAAACAACAAGUGUUGAAUCUGUAGAAAUGAUUUAAGUUAGGCACGAGAAACAGUGGAUUCUUUUCAUAUCAACUCAACACCGAGUUCUUUAUACCACUGCAGAGAUUUCUUCUUAACUGAUUCUUAUUUGACAAUGAGAUUCAAUUGAUUUUUGAUUGGAUUUGUUUUUUGCUCUUUUGUUACGUUCAAACAGUUUGUUUCUCACGAGUUCCUCAGAGUUUGAAAUUCCAAUUACACAGACUCAAUUGCCUGUGGUAAGUGAAGACAGUGGCUGCAUUCGUGAUGCUUGUUCGUCCGGCUAGGUUGCAUUCACGGUCUGCGGUUGACGUCAUGGACUUUGCAGACUGAGCGUGAACAGCUUUAGGACUCUGGCUGCAAAGCAGACAGAGCUAACAUGAGGGCAUUGUUAGAUCCCUACUGCAGAAGUGGAUUUUGUGGUACUUUAUUAGUGAUUGACGGAAAAUAUUUGAUUGAAAACAUCUUAUACAUUAUUAUUAUUAUUAUUAGCAUACAUCCUUAUCCAGGGUGACUUAGUUGUUACAAAGUAUCAGUUACCAGUAAUUGCACUCAAAGGACCAACAGGUUCUUAAGGCACACUAUGGGCAUUUUAUAAACUCAUGCAAAACAUUCCAAUACACCCUCCUUAAACCAUGCAUUAAAAAAAACAACCCGUAUUUUUUCAGAUAUCAUACAUUUCCAUGAAAAUUAGCAGAAAUGACAAACGUUGGGUUUUGGAAGUGCUUAUUUCAGUAACUUCAAGGUCCUGAUAUGUGCAUCAAGUAGACUAAAUCACCAGAGCUGCCAAUAUUUCCCUUGAGGGAAAUCAGAGGUCUCCUGAACAGAUUGGGAGACUCAAUUAAGGAUUGCAUAUCAGUCAGUUAUGCCCACAGUAUUUUGCAUCUGACGAAAAUGAGAUGCAUUAUUCCCGAUUCAUUUCUGAGACGCACAAUGGAAGCAAUACAACAUGACAUUACAAGACCAUAUCUACAUCUGUAUUACUUUUUCAGAAACUUUUAAAGAAAACAUUGUCUGAUUUAUCAUAUAAUUUGCAUACAUUGGCAUUAAGUUAACUGCUAGAGCGCUGUAUGAAACCAAGGGGUACCAGAGGCGCUCGGAGCAGCAAAGGACAGCGCAAAUUGAUUCAGACGUCACUCUACUCACAUACUUAAUUGGGACAUACUAAAUAGUUUGAUUGAAUAAAGUUCAGCAUACUGCUGCAGCAUCUGCUUGAAACUGGGGUAAGUCAUUCGUGGAUAAACAACUGAUUUUUCUGUCAUUCACACCCAGUUUCUGAAUGACGUCAUACCCUUGCUUGCACUCCGCUGCUGCUCCAGUGCAGAACCUCAGAAUCUGCGUGAUUUUUUCCAAAUGAGUUUGCGCAGACUGGUUAAAAAGUUUUAGAACAUGAAAGUGGCAUUCCAAAAAUACAAUUACAAAAAACAAAAGGGAUGUGAACCAGGAAUUUUAAAUAAUUGAUCGUUCUGCUAACCUAUAACAGAUGGAGACCUAAAUAUCAUUGUCAACAAUCAGUUUUUCAAAAAAUGUAAGCUGUAAGUUUGUUUGAACAAUGGACAAACUAAAGAAAUGCCAAAGCUGACUUUACAUAUAAAUGAGGUUCAAACCAGUAACAGAAGAAUGAUGGUUUUAAAUGAGCAAGAAUUUGAAAAUAACAUUUAAAAAAAAGACUUGCCGAUAUAAACCUCACAAAGCUGUAUAUGUAUUCAAUGGGAGAAACAAGAUAACCACCAGACACCUUUCGCAUUUCAUCUCGGCAGUAAAAAGAAACAGGGAACUUUGAACGAUGUAUUUAUCUUGAAUGUAUUAUUUCUUCUCCACUGUUGUAAAGAGAGGUGAUAUGGACGGCAGUUAUUUUUAAAAAUUUUUUUAAUGUUAAGUCAUUUCUGUGCUUUAAAAAAACGAGUAUCUAAAAUAAUAUGGAUCAGAAAAUAUCAUCACACAAUGUCUCUCGGUUUUGAGCAAACCAAUUCCAGACGUAUUGUUGUGUAAUAAUGUCUUGUUGCCCAUACAUGGUUUUACUCAUCAUGCUAGUAAACAGGGCUAUUCUUGAACAGGUAAAAGUGGUCUAUUCAGGAAUACAAUAUAUUUAGGUAUAAUGCCUUGAGACAGUAGUUUCUUGUUGCUGAUUUUUUUUUUUUUUUUUUUUAUUAUGUCAUACUAUUCACCUAACAUACUUGCAAGUCAUUUUAUUAUUUAGCAUGUACAUAUUUAAUACAUACCAUUUGUUUAACUGUCUACGUUAAUGGAAAAACA